AUGAGCAAACAUUUAUCUUUUGAGGAACUUGUAGAGAUGGAAGAAAAGGCGGCUCAAAGAAAAGAAGAGAAAAAGACAAAACCAAUACAAAAACAAGACACUUGGCUCGACGAACCCGCUAACAAAAACGUGAAGAAAAAAACAACACAAAGGUAUGAGGGGGAUAUCACGGGACAAGCUUACCACGCGUAUGAAAAGAAGAUAUCAUGGCUUGACGAAGAGAAAACAAGAGAAGGAUAUGAUGCGUAUAAAAAUGACACAAGUCUUCAAGCGAAAGUUGGAGAGGGGUAUGUCUCCGACGAGAAACUCGAACUUCUCAAGAAGCAGAUGAAAAAAGGGUCUGAAGACGCACAAAAAUUCCAUCGGAAGAGGAAGGAAAAAAUAGUCAGAUGCGAUUUUAUUAAUGACAAAAACAAAAAAUUCAAUGAAGCAGCGAGUAAAGCUUUUGACAAAUAUACAGAAGACAUUAGAGACGCUUUGGAACACCCAUAA